AUGGCGGAAGAUACUAAGAGCCCAGGACCUGUGAUCCACGCCGAGAUUGAGAACCAAGAGUUUGAAAAAGUUGAAGAAAAAGUCGAGGAAGAGAUUAAAAAGGAGGAAGAAGAGGUCAAAGAAAUGAAGGAACACAAAGUCGGUGCCGCAGAGUUUGAGGUGGAAGAGUAUGAUAAUGCUGUUGAUCCAGUCGUUGCGAACUACAUUGACUCUUUGAUAAGCACUCGUGCUAUGAUUAAGUCCGAUAUUGAAGUUAGAAUGCUCGAGAUCAUGAAGUCGGUAGAAGCGUGCAACACCGAGUCUAAGAUGAAGAAGAUAAUCAGCGAGAAAUUGAAGAACAGACCAUUAGAGUACGACAUCAUCUCGAAUGCAAAGAAGUUGAAACAAACAUACAACGUCGAAAAAUUGGAUAACACACUUUUGGGAGGUACUAUGUUUAAGAAGACAUUAGUCCAAGAGAAGCAGCUUGAGAAGAGCGAAGCCAAAUUGGAGAAGAAGAAAGCCGAAAUUGAGAAAAAGAAGAAGAAAAUGCAAGAAGAGGCAGGGUUUGUCACUGCACCUACAAUUUCUCUCAACAGAGCUAAGGUCGACCAGAACUGUAAAGACGUCAAACAAGACAACAUCAGUAUCGCGUAUGGUAAAAACCUUCUUUUGGAGAAUGCCGACUUGACCUUAGCAAGUGGAAGGCGAUACGGUUUGAUUGGUAGAAACGGAUGUGGGAAGUCCACUUUGAUGCGUGUGAUAGCGACAAGACAAGUUGCGAUUCCAGACAACAUGACACUUCAUUUCAUUGAACAAGAAGUCAACGGUGACGAUAGAACUGUCUAUCAAACUGUUUACGAAGCAAAUGAAGAAUUGGUGAAAACAAAAGCAGACUUAGUUGAGUUGGAGAAAGAGCCAUUGGUCAAUGCAGAAAAGAUUAACUCCACCAUUGCAAAAUUGGAGGACAUGGAAGCCGACACGGCAGAGUCUCGCAUCAAAACCAUAUUGGGUGGCUUGCAAUUCACACCACAAGACCUUUACAGACCAACCAAAGAGUUUUCUGGUGGGUGGAGAAUGAGAAUUUCCAUUGCAAAAGCAAUUUAUAUGAAGCCGGACUUGUUACUUCUCGAUGAACCUUCUAAUCACUUGGAUUUCCACGCGUUGGUUUGGCUUGAGGAAGUCUUGAAGACGUGGGAAGGAACCAUCUUGUUAGUCUCCCAUCAGAGACAAUUCUUGAAUGCAAUUGUCACGGAUAUCAUCCACUUCAAAGACCAUCAUUUGAUGUGUUAUCCGGGCGAUUACGACACUUUCGAAGCGACUAUGCAGAAGAGAAUUUUGCAGCAGCAACGGGAGUACGACGCACAGCAAUUACAAAAGAAACACAUCCAACAAUUCAUUGACAGAUUUAGAUACUCCGCAACACGUGGCCCACAAGUGCAAAGCAGAAUUAAGAUGAUGGAAAAGAUGAAAGAGGUCAGCACUGUUAUCGACGACGCAGAGGUCUCGUUGAACUUCCCCGAAGUCGAACCGCUUGAUACAAGUAUUGUAUCUUUCCAUGAUAUUUCAUUUGGAUACAGCCCCGAAAAAAUACUGUUCAGAGACUUAAACUUCGCGUUGACUAUGGAGAGUCGUGUUGCUUUAGUCGGACGUAAUGGUUGUGGUAAAACCACGUUCUUAAAGCUUUUGAUCAACUCGUUGUCUCCAGUAGAAGGUACAGUACAGCGAAAUCGAAAGGCGCGAAUUGGCGUCUUUGCACAGCACUUUGUCGACCAGCUCAAUUUCAAGGUGAAUGCCAUUCAAUUCUUCCAGAAUAAAUAUCCAGAAAAGACUGUUCAAGAGAUUAGAACACAUCUUGGUAAGUUUGGUAUCUCGGGAGACUCCUCUUUACAGAGGUUAGACACACUUUCUGGAGGUCAGAAGUCACGUGUGGUCUUCGCAGACUUGGCUUACAAACAGCCACAUUUGUUAUUACUCGAUGAACCUUCAAAUCACUUGGAUAUCGAAACAGUUGAAGCGUUAGCACGAAGUUUGUCUGUGUUCCAAGGUGGUGUGUUGAUUAUUACACACGACGAGCGUUUGAUCAGCCAGGUCUGUGAUGAGAUUUGGCACUUGCACGACAAGACUUUAGACAAGUUCCCAGGCGAUAUCGUCGACUACAAGAGGUACGUGAGAAAAGAGAUUUUCAAGAACUAA